GAUAACUAAUUGCUUCACCCUUUACCCUCACUGUUGUCUUUUUCUGUCAUGGGACCUAACAGUGGUUUCCUGAGCUCUGGGCUACUUCAUGUCAUCCUAUGGGGAGGCUUGGCAGCCCUGACCACCCUCCUGAUUUUCAGUUUUCUCAUCUUUUUAUGCUCUAGUUGCGACAGGGAGAAGAGACCAAAGCAACAGAAUGGAGACCAUGAAAACCUGAUGAAUGUGCCUUCAGAUAAAGAGGCAUUCAGCCACUCGGUUACAAGCCUGGCUACAGAUCCUCUUGCCAGCAGUGAACAAAAUGGUGGACUCAGUAAUGGUGAUGUCCUCUCAGAAGAUAGCACAACAGCUUGCAUCCAGCCUUAUGAAGAAGUGCAAACUUCUGUUACAGAUCUGUUGGAUCAGCAAGACAGUCUGGGAAGGUCAUUAAAAUAUCAUCAAAGCAGGGAGUUACCCAGAAUUCCUCCAAAUAAUGCUAUGGAUACUAUGCUGUCAACAAGAAAUACAGAAAAUGAUCACGUUCUAGGAAUGGAGGGGCCCUAUGAAGUACUGAAAGACAGUUCCUCCCAAGAAAACAUUGUUGAGGACUGCUUAUAUGAAACAGUGAAGGAGAUUAAGGAACUGGGAGCAACCACUAACUCAGACAAGAGCUGCAGUAUCAAACCCAAAGCUACAGUGAUGGUUAAUGGGAGUCUUGAUCGUAUCCCUGUACGCAAGAUUGAAUCAGCUGAAUACGCAUCUGUUGACCGAAAUAAAAAGAGUCGUCAAAGUGCUAACUCAGAGAGUCCUCUUAGCCACACUCCAGGCAUGGAAGAUGAAGCUCCACCUCCAGUACCUGAGAAAUUCCUUGAUGAAAAUGAGAACGUCCAGGAUAAUGGAGCCAAAGUGGAGGAAGAGGUGACAGAUGACCCCGGUGAACCUGACAAGAGGCUUAGUUCACUGUCUUACAAAUCCCGAGAAGAAGACCCAUCACUUACAGAAGAUGAGAUUUCAGCAAUGUACUCUUCUAUCAAUAAGCCAGGGCUGGCCACCAGACAGCUGGAGUCCACGUACACCUGUAUCCCUGAAAUUGUACCUCAGAAAUCGCCAUCUAUUUGCAGUGGCCUAUAUGCAAGCGUGAAGGACUUGGAAAAUGCUCCAAACCUUGUCUCCACACAUCACUCAUCUGAUAGACUAAAUGGGGAGUUAGAGUCAGACUAUGAAGCGAUUCAGACUCUAAGUCACGAGGAAGACAGAAAUGUUGCGGUGCCUAAUAGCAGCCAAUCGGAUCUCCCGCAAGAGAAUGAUUAUGAGAGCAUUGGAGACUUGCAGCAAAACAAAGACGUCACAAGGCUUUAA